CUUCUUUUAAAACGCUCAACGGAUUUUGAUAUGUGUACCGUGUCAAUAAGAUAUUAUUUCACGAAACGUAUUUUGUGUGUAUUUUGCAUCCGUGCGAAGCCAGAGCGCGAUGCUAGUCUUUAUGUAAAACAUUUAACUACUCAAUCUUACUUUCAUUUAACGCUUGUUCUUUGAACGAACAGCUUUAAUGAGUGAUUAUUUUUUAAAUAUUUAUAAAAAUGGCUGUGGAGUACCAAGCGGCAGCGUCAUUGAUUGUAUCAUUAUCGAACUUCUACAUGGGGUAUUCAAUCGCAUGGCCCUCAUACGCGCUCCCUGUGUUGGAGUCGAACACAACUGGCCCUGUUCACAUAGGACGAGCUCUCACGAGACACGAGGGCAAUCUACUGGGCUCAAUGAAUAUGGCGAGCGCAUUAAUCGCAGUACUAAUUGGCGGUUACAUAUCAGAAGCGAUUGGAAGGAAAAGAAGCGAAAUCUUGAGCGCCCUCUGUUAUGUGACAGCAGAAGCACUAAUAGUGACGGCCAGUAGCCCAGCACAAUUAUUGGUAAGCAGACUCAUAAUGGGCUUAGGAGCUGGAUUACAUAUGGUCGUGGUUUACGUAUUCAUCAACGAGUUCUGCGAGCCCUCCAUCAUUGGCAAUAUGUCUUCACUGACGAUCUUUGCUUACACCAUCGGCGAAGUCACCUCGUACCUCUGCGGUUGGAUGUUGUCCUAUGAAGUGAUCAAUUACGUGAUCUUGAUCUACUCAGUUGUUCUGGUCAUCUUGCUGUGUUUCUUGAAGGAAUCGCCCGUGUAUCUUAUAAGGAAAAUGAAGGACAAGGUAAUGCUCUUUUUCUACUUCUAUUACUGGGUGAAAUGGAAAUUAAGGGGAAAAGGAAGCAUGGGAUUCCUAAAAUUUUACCGUAACAGGACAACAGAAGACGUUAUAGAAGAAUUUGCAUAUAUGAAAAGAAAUCGAGAGAUACAUAACAACAGCACACAAGAUCUAUCCAUACCGGAAAAGAAAUCACAAUCCAGGGAAACAAAUGUGUUUCGAAUUUUACGUACAUCAAAGGCGGCCAGGACAGCUUUAAUUACAAUCACCGCUCAUAUAUUGUUAACAAUUUUUAUGGGCACCAUACCAGUACAAGUGUACGCCGGGGAAUUCUUCACUAAAGCGGCACCAAAUUUGUCCAGUAAUCUAUGUUCUAUCAUUUUGGGACUGGUAAUGUGUGCGGGCAGCGCCGUUGCCUCGGUCAUUACCGACUUAGUGGAUCGGCGGAUACUUAUGGGCACAUCUUGUGCAAUAUGCACCAUAUGUUUGUUCCUGCUGGGUACUUUACUGCAGUUGUCGUGGGCACCAGACUGGGUGGUAGCUGCCAUCAUACUGGUGUACUGUUCUGUGAAUCAAGUGGGAGCGGCUAACAUACCUUUUGUGCAAAUAGCUGAAUCAUUUGUGCCGGAGAUGAAAUCAUUUGCGUCUACAAUCGCCAUGACUGCACUAUGCAUUGGGAACUUUAGCGUUUUGACAUUAUUUCGGCCAGUGGCUGAAGUUCUUGGUCUCAGCGGCACGUUCUUUGUGAUUGGUAUCGUCGGAGCUAUCACCACUGUGACGUCAUACCUCAUCAUGAAGGAAACGAGAAGAGUCAGCUUCGAACACGUACAUGACAUGUAUGAACAAGGGUUCUUGCAUCGUGGAAAUAAACCUACGAUAUGAAAUGUAAACUAGUAUAUCAUUGACAACCUUUGUUGAUUUAACACACUGCCUUACUAUCGAGUUCUAUUCCCAUAAAAUACAGCAACUUUGAUUCCAGAUUAUCUCUAUUUGUUCUAUGCAUUUUCUAUCCUUUUUAUUUCUGUUUCUACAUAUCAGUUUUUUAAACAAUAAAAAGCAGUAUAAGACGUGUCGUUUUAAAUUGUAGAUGUUUUUGUAGUUAUGUUUGCUCCGCAAUGAGUAUGGGAACCAUUAACACGGGAGCUCACCCUAAGACCCUAUCGACCUCAAAAAUGACUGUGGUCGAAAAAACAUCAGCAUUGUCUUUACUUAGGGAAACUGGCAUAAUUUUUAAUUACAAUUUAUUAGUGUUUUAAUAAUUUGUUUUUACAUGUUGAACGCCUGUUUCCUGAUUGCCUUGUACACCUGCUUUAUUUUCUUGCAAAUCAACUACAUUUAUAAUUUGUAAAUUACAGAUUUUUUACUUUUAAUGUUUAUUUCUUAUUAUGUUUUUUUUUUUUUAUUUUACACAAAGUGACCUGUUCUGUUGUGUUAUAUAGUAUUACUCUACACUCUUAAAAUGUCACUAAAGCCUGUGAUUGCCAACUCACCUACCAAGCGUGGCAACUACUGGCAAAACCCUUUUUAUGGGGGAGGCCUAUGUUUAGUAGUGGACAGUUAACUUUUGCCAUGAUGAUCAUGAUAUUUGUAUGGUAUCCUAGCUAAUAUUGUUAAUUUGCAAAUGGGUUUGUUUGUUUGUUCUUUCGUUCUUUACUUCGUUCGUUUGAUUUUAAGAUUAGAUUAUAUAGAGUAUUAUGUCAAAAACCAGUCAACAUUCAGUCAGCGAGAUUGACGUUUGGCUGAGUGGAUUUUAUUUGAUAUGUACAUAUUUUUUUUAAUCAAAACUUGAAUUAUUUUUUG